AUGGCCCCCAGAAAGACAAAUCCGCCUGCGGCGUCCACUCACCAUAUGAAGACCCGUUCGCAACGGAGAAGGGAGCAAGCCGAAGCUGAAGCUGCUGCAGUGGCAGUGGCAGAGGCGGCAGCCGAGGCCGCAAAGCAAGAAGAAGACAAUGACGAUGACGAGGAGGAGGAGGAGGAGGAGGACGAGCAGGAGGAGAGCGAAGAGGUUAGUGAGAACGAAGAGGUCAGUGAAAACGCCUAUGAGAACGAUGACAACGGUGACGAAGGUCAAGACAAUGACGAUAAACCCAAUGGUCCUGCCGACGAGGAUGAACGCAUGACCGACAACGAGGAAAGUCCGCAGGCGGAUGAUGAAAAAAGUCAUGAUGAAGACCACGGGGAAAUCGCAGGAGGACCAACGGCAAUCGAUCAGUUCGCAAACAACAACAACAACAUCAUCAUACAAAACAAUGCACCGCAGCAUACCAUAAUUCGAGACGACUAUUGGCCCAACAUCAGACCUUCCUUCGAGAGACUUCAUCAAAAUUACGUCAACGGAUCCUCUGAGGAGCACCAUAACACUGAGAUACAGAUUCCUUGCUGUGUUUGUCACAAUCUGACUUUGGUGCCGUUCAGCUCAGAACAAUACCCUGCCGGCCCUCACGAUCACAAGGAACUCGCCGCCGUUCUGCCUUGCGGCCACCUCAUCGGCCUCGGCUGUUUGACCGAGUGGAGGCGGCAGUCUGACUUCAUUCCACUCCCAUGUCCUCAAUGCCGUCACCCUUUGGAUUGCGAAGAUUGCUUCGUACCACUCCGGGUCUACGUUCUAAACCAGACUGAUGUACCACCGCCGACUUGUUUUCCCACUAACCCUCAAGAGGGUGGACUAUGCAACACCUGCCACUCGCGUAACAGCUUCAUUGUCAACGCAGUCUUGAUGCCGGACAUUCGACCAGGGAUUGCGAACCCGUCCAAUAGCUUGUUGCGUCAGUGGGUCGCCCAAGAGGCCAGCCGGGAGUAUCGGGAGCAGCGAAGAACCCAUGAGAUAAAUUCCAGUCACUACGCAGCCACGUUCUUAAAUGUCUUCUCGACUCUACGCAGCGAAGCCAACAACAUGCAACAACAGUUUAUGUCCCAUUACCCUGCCCUGCAACGACUGGAGUCUGACGCCAACAAUCAACGUCCGUGGAACGCGCCAUUUGACUGUCCGCCUAACUCAAAUGCCUCCUCCACUUGGCCUCAAAUUAGCAAUCACUCAGUUGACUCGUUCAACAGCACCGUCUAUACGGAUUCAGGGAAUGCGUCAAUUGACUCUUUCAACAGCACCGUCUAUCCGCCUUCAGGAGCUCCAUCAAUUGACUCAUUCAACAGCACCGUGUACCCGACUUCGAGCGAUACAAGCGUCCCUUUCAUAAGAUAUGAUGGUUCGACUGACACUUCGAGCAGCUCGUUUUUCGAAGACGCUCAGUGGCAAGGGCACACAGGUGAAUCUGAAAGCGAUGCAAGCAACGGAGUUUCUAGCUAUCCGGAUGUUCGGUACUGGAUCGAUUUCAUGAGAAGCCAAAACCCCCAUUGA